GUCUCAUCAUUCUUCUUUGAUCUCCUUUUGUGUUCACUCAAGAGCAACAAAAAGGUACCAAUUAUGAUAAAAGAUGUUGAACUUAUAAAGAUGGUUGAAAAUCUGAAGUAUAUUUCUAUAUAUGUAAUCUAACGCCAGAAGAUAGUAAAAAAUGAGAUUUACUUUCUUUAUUUAGUAAUUACUAAUCAAAAUUCCUCUGUUCCAUUUUGGUGUGUACUCAACUUCACCAGUGGAAUAAUAAUUAGUUAUCAUUUCCAGUUUCAGAGAAUAAUGUCACUUCUUUUUUUGUGUAACAUAAAAUUCAAUUAUAUAUAUAUAUAUAUCCUCCUCAAAUAUUUAAUUCUUUGUUGUUAACUCUGCAGGGUGUAACUUGUGAUCUAUUUGAUGAUCUUUGGUAUGCGACUGCUUUAACCUUUGGGUCUAUGCGAGACAACUCUCUUGCUUGUACUGAGAUUCCAGUGAUCAGACCACAACUCUUUGAGCUCAAGCACCUCAAAUCUCUCUCUCUAUUCAACUGCUUCACAUCACCAAACCAAUAUCUAACUUCAGUUUCAGACGAGAAGUGGCUGGAUCUCUCUAACAACUUGGAGACGCUUGAGAUCAGAUCAAACCCGGGACUGAUCGGUGAACUCCCUUCUUUCAUCACUAGCCUCACCAAUCUUCAAUCUCUAGUGGUGCUAGAAAACCGGUUAACAGGUUCAUUGCCAGAGAAUUUAGCCAAGUUAACCAGACUGAGACGCUUAGUGCUGUCUGGAAACCGGUUUACAGGGAGAAUACCGGAGGUCCAUGGCUUAACCGGAUUAUUGAUAUUGGAUCUAAGCAGAAAUUUCUUCUCUGGACCGUUGCCUUUAAGCGUUGGAGGAUUGAGUUCACUGCUGAAACUGGAUGUUAGUAACAAUUACUUGGAAGGAAAGGUACCUAUAGAGCUACAGUCCUUAAAGAAUCUGACGCUUUUUGAUCUUACGAACAACAGAUUCUCAGGUGGACUGACGAAAGAGAUCCAAGAGAUGAGUUCAUUGGUUGAACUUGUUUUGUCCAAUAACCAUCUCGAAGGGGACUUAACAGGAAUAAAGUGGAGAAAUCUGAAGAAUUUGGUGCUUUUAGAUCUCUCCAACACAAGGUUAAAAGGAGAGAUUCCAUGGUCAAUCUUGGAGCUCAAGAAACUGAGGUUCUUAGGUCUAAGCAACAACAGUCUCGGAGGCAAACUCUUUCCUCAAAUGGAAACCGAAAUGCCUUGUCUAAACGCGCUCUAUGUAAAUGGAAAUAGCAUCAGUGGAGAGCUGGAGUUCUCUAAGAAGUUCUAUGAGAGGAUGGGAAGAAGACUUGGUGUUUGGGGAAACCCUAGUCUGUGUUACAACGGUGAUGAAAUCAAGAACCUUCGUGAUCAUGCUCCUUUUGGAGUGAACCAAUGCAAGAGAAUGAAGGCGGUGACUUUGGCUUAAGACAGAAUCUGGAACUUGGAAAGAUACGAAGCUGUGGUCUUUUCAACCAUGCAUUUUAUUCAACUUUGCCAAUAUAUCUUGUGUGCAUUUUUUUCUAUUUUUGUUACUAGCAGUAGUAAGUAUCAGACAUAACAUGUGUACGUAUAAAUAAAAGAAAGAAACCCCAAU